AUGGCUGUGAAAAAUAUAGAAGGGAAGCAAAGGUCUAGACAACUUCUCUUUGCCCAUAACAUUCACAUGGUAUCAAGAAGGUCAAGACUUCAAGAUUGUUCUACACAUCAAACAAAAUCAGUUCAGAGCUCUGAUGGAGUAUCAGACAUAGACAGCUACAAAUCAAGCAGUACAGACAAUUUCUGCCUUAUAUCACCAUCCAAUAAAAACAGAGCUGAAAGUGUUCCCACAGGUCAACUAAGGUAAUCAAAGCUCCUCUCUUUUGGAUUUAAUCAUGACUGCUGCAAAUUAACUGUGCACUCUGUUUCAAAACUCUGGCAUGUGCAGAGGGCAUUUGAAGUAUCCAAAGUUAUUAAACAGCAGCCAAAUGUAAUCAAAAUCAUAGCUUACAAAAAUGAUACAAAAAAGAUCUUUUUUAAACUCUCUGUGUCCUUAAUUAAGCCAAUAACCUCUGAUAGAAGUUUUCCUACAUGCAUAAAGCUGCUGGAGGAGUGCUCUGAAAAGCUGAAUCUGAACAUGGCUGCACGAUGAGUGUUCUUGGCAGACAGCACUGAAGCACUAGAACCUAAAGACAUACCCCAUGAUGCCGACGUUUAUAUUUCAACUGGAGAGACCUUUUUAUAUCCAUUCAAAAAAAUGAAAGACCAUCUGUCAUUAAUGAAGAAAGUAUCUUGGUCAGUGAAUGGCCUGGUUCUUCAUAAUGGUGUCAAGCAAAAGAAAACCAAGCCUAUCAUUUCCAACUGUGUGUGGAAAAUUAUUGGGGACACUUCUGACAGAAUUUUAGUGUUUAAGAACUGCACAGGGCAUGAUAACUAUGAGCCUAUUGCAUCACAAUAUCAAAUUGAAAAGUUUUCAGAUGAUUGUACAUUGAGGAUGAAUCUUGCUUCUCCAGUGAGAUACUAAUACAAUAUAUGUGGAGAAAAUAUCUGCAGUAUCAUAAGUGCUCCUCUGCUUGACAGAUGCCUGCAAAAUUCCAUCACACCUUUGUGUGGACCUGUUUGGGUCUUUAAGAGAGAAGGUUUCAGCCUCUCAGGAGCAAAGAUUUAUAUUCAAGGAGUUCUGUUGACCCUGCACCAACGAUUAAAGUCUGCAAACUGUUGCAAACAGGUAUAUGAAGAUGACAAAGGCGCAAGGGAAGUACUUAUUAAUGAAAAAUAACAGGAAAAUUCUUCUGAUAAGCAGUCCACAGCUAUUCGGAAAAGAGCUUACCCUGAGUUUGUCCUGACCUACCUAGAGGAACUAAAUGAAAGAGAGGAGGUGACCCAAACA